GACAGCUUUUCCGCCAUUUUGGACGAGGUGCAAUGUGUGAGAUUUCUUUGGAAAAGAAUAAGACAUCAUGCAUCAACUGAGAAUAUGAACACUUACAGCAUAAUUCUAACGCUAUCAUGACUAAUUUGCAGAAGAGCACCGAAUCAGACCAACUGUCUGAUUCGGGUGCAGAAUCACCGUGUAGUGAACUUCAACAACUUGACAUAGAUCUGGAGUCGAGGGAUGAUUCUCCGAGUGUACGAGCACUUGCCAAAACGCGACAACAAGAGGAGGAAGUGCUACAAAUUAUUAGACAAGUAGAAGCUCUCGGUGCUAACACUUUAGAUCUGAGCAACAAGGGACUUUUGCAUCUACCAGAGGAAGUAUUAGAACUGAAAGGCCUGGAGUACCUGUACCUAGAAGGCAACGAAUUAGCCUACCUACCAGAAGACUUCUUCAGUUGCCUGACGAACCUGAAAUGGCUGGACCUCAGACGGAACUAUCUCUCACGCCUUCCCUCGUCCAGUAUUGGCAAACAUCAGCACCUGCGCAACCUGUUACUGGAGGGCAACAAUCUCCGCACAUUGCCCCUAGAGCUAGGUUUUGUGGGUACCUUGAAUGGCCUCAACAUUACAAACAACCCAUUGGAGUUCCCUCCCCUUGAAGUCCUUGAAAAGGGGACAGUUGAAGUGCUGAGGUUUUUGACUGAAAUGUUAGAGGCCAAAUCUGCCAAGUUUACAAAUGGAGAUUCAAUACUCUUGAGUAAGGAGGACAGCUCCAGUGACGAUGAGUGGGAUGGGUCACUAGGAGAGAUUGCACGCAUGCGACAACGGGCACGCUCAAAACACCAUCACAAGUCAGCAGGGUCCAACCCCGACAUCGGUGGCCUGGUCCCUCACUCAGCAGAGCUGCACAGACCGGUCAGCUACACAGAGAUGAAACAACAGCAUUUAGAGAAGUUGAAGAAAGUCGGAGCUUCGGGCAAGUUGGAGAGUGCUGCAAUCAGGAAUCACCUUCACCGCAAGAGGAGCUCCAAGAGCUUACUGGUGUCACCAAAGAGGAUUCAAGGUCAUGCACAGGGGGACAGAGAUGAACAGAUGUUGAAAGACUGGAGAGACGAAACAAAGAAACUAAAACAAAAAAAAUACUUUGAAAGUCUGCAAAAAGGAACCAAGGAUUUUAUGGAUCCUGCAACACAGGCUCCCUAUGGCUUUGACAAGGAGCAACUCAAGAUGAUGAGCAACGAGGAGAGAAUCAAGCAGGAUGUGAAGACAGCUCAUGAGCGUAUCCGACGUGCAAUAUCCCCCGCAACCAGGCAGAGGGUUGAGGAGGAGAAAGCGGCAAGGAUACGAGAACUUGAGAAACGAAUCAAGGACCACACAUCCAACAUGGUGGACCGGAGGAAACGACCCAAGGGUACCCCCCAGGAAGAGAUGGAGGCAGCCAAGAGGGAAUUAGCUGUGGUAAAGGCCCUGCAGAAAGAUUUGAUGAACCGGUACCAGGAGCUGAAGCUGUGGACAUCAGAUGAUAACCAUCUACGGAUACGCAUAACCCUCCCACCUAUCCAGCAGGGUAAGAUCUAGUGUCGUGUCCAAGUGUUCAGACCGGUGGUGGAAUGUGUGAUUUACCCAGUGUCAAAUACCCCAACUAGGCUUGUACCCAUAACACCAUUGGAAGCUUUGAGACCAACUGUGCAGAUGUAGUUUCAUUAACUUUAGUAAACUUACUGUUUGUUGUGAUGACUGAUAUUGACAGUGUGGAGACAUUACAUCCCAUACCUCAGUUGUGAGAGUUUAAUAUGCCAUGCCUUUAAAUCCCGCUUAUUGAAAUUAUAGCCCAUAUUUAUAGGCAAUGUUUAGAUAGUGAUGAAAAUGGCAUAAACCGGUGCAUUGUCAUUUCCAAGUGGGGCGAAACAAAUAAUGGGUUCGGAAGAAUUAACAACUGUUGCUUCUGUCUGUUUGGUUUUCUCGAUCCCAUAAGCUUCAUCCCACUAUAUAUAUAAAUAACAUGUCAAAGAGUUGUGAGAAUCUGAAAAAACACACAUCUUAAAUAAGCUCUUCUAAAACAGUUAAGGACCCUGAUUGUUUUAUGUAACUGUAGUUAAUCUGAAUGCCCUGACUGAGUAAUCAUAGCAAAGACAUACUUGGACCAUACAGUAUUUAUGUCUUUGAUUACAGUAAUAUACAAAAAUCAGAUGAUCCUUAACUUUUUUGGAGUAGCAUAUUAGCAAAGUUAGAUAUAAUAGACCCAUAAUAAGUUGUUUUGCUGUGAAUAGUCGAUACUUAAUACCAGUGCUGUUAUGUCUUAAGAGGUAGAAUGUCAUGUACAUAUGAAGGUUGUUCUAAGAGGUAAGUGAUCAUUUUGUGAAACCAAUAGUUUUGCCUCUAGGGAUUUGAUGUUAGUGUUUUGUAGUAUGAUAUUUAUAUAUUAAACUCAUUCUCUCUCAUUUUCAGAGUUAGCAAAACUCAGAACACCAAGUGGUAAUUUUUUGUUACAAAUGCCCUUUUCAUUUCUUUUCAAGUCUUGUUAUGCAUAGACUAGCGACAGACCCUCAACCCAGGUGUAAAUUCGGGAUUCCUGCUUAAACCUCACCAGUAGGAUUAAUAUAUAGAUUUCAUCCCAUCGUGUAGUCCUGAGAUAAUACAGAUCCAUAAUCAUCUUACAAGUAUUCAUGCUCUACAAACAUUUAAUGUUUGCUAUGAUAAUUCAGUUCUUCUGAAAAAAUGUCAGUCAACUUCGACAGAAUUAAACACAUCCCAGUAUGAAUGUUUGAGUCAGUUGUUUUCCACAAAGUUGUUACCAGUAAGUGUUGUCAUAGACAUACUGUUUGUAGCUGCUGAUUAUAGUGUUUAUGUUAGAUGAAUGUUAGAAUUUCCUUUUACCUGUAUACUAGCUUGCCUGAACCAAAGGUUCAUGUGAGUUAUAUCCUGGCAGUUCCUUCUAUCCUUCUGCUAUAUUCCAUAAAUCCUCUAAAACCUCUUACCAAAGAACCGGUGAAGAUCCAGGUUAGAAUUGGUCUUCA